AUGGUUGGCGUCGUUGCUUUCUCCGUAUCGGGCACGGCCGAUCUGUCGCGGGUCGAAGCGCCCGUGACGUUCAAGGCCUACUUGCUGUGUGCGUUUGGGGCGUUUGGCGGAAUAUUCUUUGGCUACGACACGGGGUGGAUGUCGGGGGUGCUCGGCAUGCCCUUCUUCAUCACCCAGUACACCGGCCUGCAAUACAACUACGAGACGGGCCAGCCGAUCGGCGUCGACCGGACCAAGUUCGGCCUGCCGUCGUCGACCAAGUCGCUGAUGACGUCGAUCCUGUCCUGCGGCACCUUCUUCGGCGCGCUGAUCGCGGGGGACGUGGCGGACUUCCUCGGCCGCCGUCCUACCAUCAUCAUCGGCUGCGUCGUAUUCUGCGUGGGCUGCAUCCUAGAGAUUGCGUCGACGAACCAGGUGGCCCUCUUCGUCAUGGGCCGCCUCGUCUCGGGCCUCGGCCUCGGCUUCAUAUCGGCUACCAUCCUCCUCUACCUGGCCGAGGUCGCCCCCCGGAAGGUCCGCGGAGCGCUGGUCUCGGGCUACCAGUUCUGCAUCACGCUCGGCAUCCUGCUGGCCAACUGUGUCGUCUACGCGACCUCGGACCGCAACGAUACCGGCUCGUACCGCAUCCCUGUUGGCGUGCAGUUUCUGUGGGCGUUGAUCUUGGGCAUCGGGCUGUUUAUCCUGCCGGAGUCGCCCCGGUUCCACGUCAUGAAAGGCAGGAUCGACGAGGCGGCAAAGGACCUGUCGCUGGUGCGGGGCCAGCCGAUCGACUCGCUCUACAUCAAGGACGAGCUCGCCGAAAUCGUGGCGAACCACGAGUACGAGAUGCAGGUGAUCCCGCAGACGAGCUACAUCGGGUCGUGGAUGGCCUGCUUCCAGGGGUCGCUGCGUAGGGGGAACGGGAACCUGCGGCGCACCAUCCUCGGCGCGGGCAUGCAGAUGAUGCAGCAGCUGACGGGGAUCAACUUCAUCUUCUACUUCGGCAUCACCUUCUUCCAGCAGCUCGGCACGAUCCACAACCCGUUCCUGAUCUCGCUCGUCACGACACUGGUCAACGUGCUGUCGACGCCGCUCUCCUUCUGGGCCGUCGAGCGCAUGGGCCGCCGGCCGCUGCUGAUCUGGGGCGGCGUCGGCAUGAUCGUGUCGCAGUUCAUCGUCGCCGCCGUGGGCGUCACCGCGGGCCGCGCCGAGGUGCACGACGACGCCGCCGUCCGCGCCAUGAUCGCCUUCAUCUGCAUCUUCAUCUUCUUCUUCGCUGCUACAUGGGGUCCCGUCGGAUGGGUGAUUGUCGGCGAGUGCUUCCCGCUGCCGAUCCGGUCGCGCGGCGUGGGCAUCUCGACGGCGUCCAACUGGUUCUGGAACUGCAUCAUCGCCGUCGUCGCGCCCUACAUGUCGGCCGACCUGGGCCCCCGCCUGUUCUUCAUCUGGGGCUCGCUCUGCGUGCUAUCGCUGGCGUUUGCCUACUUCCUGGUGCCCGAGAUGAAGGGCCUCACGCUGGAGCAGAUCGACAACAUGAUGGAGGAGACGACCCCGCGCCAGUCGGGCCGCUGGAAGCCCACGGCUACCUUCGCCACGCAGAUGGGGCGCGUGAGGGUCGGGGGUCCGGGGAAUGAGAAGCGGGAGCCGCUCAGGUCGGUAUAG